AUGAAUGUAUCGCGUAUUGCCACAACUCAAUUUUUUCAAAAGAUGACUCCAGUUACGUUAGUUGAGCAACUACUAAAUGUUUCUCAAGUAAAUACCACUCCUGCCGUUAAUCGUCUACCAAGUCCUACACCAUUUGAAAAUUUUAUCUGUGAUAAUACAAGUGUUAAUCGAUUUUUAGUUUCAUCGACAACAUCAUCAAAUGAUUCAUUUGAUGUAUAUCGAAAACAUUCUUUAGAAAAAUAUUGUAAAAUGGUACCUAUUCCACGACGUAAUUAUCAAAAGCCGAAGACAUAUACUGAAGAUGAAGUUGCGUUUGUUAUUUUUACAUCCUCUAAUUUUUUUCAUACACGAGCAACAGCAACACGUGAUACAUGGCUUUCACGUAUAACAAAUUAUUAUUUUCUCAGUGCAACUCCUUAUCCUUAUUUACCUGUAACUGUUGUUCCUGGUGCUGGUGAAGAUAAAUUAUCAAAUAUGAAAAAACUUUUUUAUGGUCUUCAAAUGAUAUAUCAACAACAAAUGAAUCUUUCUAUGCAUCAACGACAAAAAUGGUUCUAUAUAGCUGGCUGUGAUACAUUUAUUCUUCCUCAUCAUUUACUUAAACGUCUUGAUGGCUUCAAUUAUACACAACCUCUUCUGAUAGGCGGCCAUUCAGGUCAUCAUACAUGCCUAGGACCAAAUGAUAAAGGAGUUGCAGUUGAAUUUCCAUCAGGUGGUGCUGGAUUCUUUUUUAGUAUGAAAUUGCUUGAACUAAUGCAACCACAUCUAACAAAUUAUGUUGAAAAUGUUUGGCCACGUACAUCUGAAAUAUCUGAUGUUGCGCUUACUUGUCUUGCUCGCCAAUUAGGUGUUAGGUUAACAAGACUAGCUGGUUUUUGGGCACAUGCACCAACAUAUACAUUAGCUGAAAAUGGGCGUGAAAGAUUUCAUAGAGAUCCUGAACCAAAUGAUUUUCAUUAUGUUCAACCUGAUGAAAUGCAUGCACUUGAUGAAUUUUAUGUUAAUCAACAUAUGGACAGAUUAAUCAAUGAUGAAAAUUGGAGCGAAUUAAUUCGAUUUACUCGACGUUUUACAGCCAGUCAUUAUGAAUUAUUAAGAAAAAAAAGACGAGAGUGUACCUUGCCAACUAUAGGAAAAGAAGUUAACUUAACUACUGGUUAA